UAUGGUCACACACUACGGCAGGCUAUCGUUUUGGCCGUUGAGGCUGAUUUCGUGUUCCGAAUUAAUUUGAAAACUUCACUUAAAAUGCUCCAAAAUGAUGCGGUGCGAACACUGCAAUACGAUAGCGAAAUACGCGUGGCACAGCAGCCAAGUCCCACAGAACCCAGAGUUUAUGAUUCCCAUAUUAGCAUAACGUCACAGCCACGACCGGGGUCGGAGGCUCCCAGGAUACCACUGCCCACAGUGACUGGCAGUCGAACGUUUAUGCCCCUCUCCGGCUACGAUUGCCUGGCGGACUUGCCCUCGGUCCACAUUGAACAGACGUUCGAGUUGAAUGAGUCCCUGACAGCCGUCUCAUCGGAGAACCGCUAUGUGGUCCGAUCGCCCCUGGGCGAUGCCGUCUUUGCCGCCAGCGAGAGCUCCACGGAGAAUAAUCGACUCAUUUGGGGCGCCGGGCGACCCUUCCAGAUGCACUUGCUGGACAAGACACACCAGGAGGCUCUGGUAUUCCGCAAGAAAUUCGCCCUCGGUUCGAUGUGCUGCCAGGCAAAGAGUCUGGAGAUCUGGAUACCGCCGGGCAAUGUCAUGGGCCGGGUGGUGCAGUCGCCCACGUUUAUGCAGCCCGAGUUCUUCAUCGAGGAUGGAAAUACGGGCCAGCCCGUCUUCUGUGUAGAGGGUCCAGCGAAUUCCGGUUUCUGCUGCUUCUGUCUGCCCAAAGAGUGCUACUUUAAGGUACAUUCGGGAGGUAACCUAAGGGCCUCCAUCGAUCACAAGUGGAUGUCCAGCAAGUCCCAGUACACCACAAAUAUCUACUUUAGCGAUGCCAAACUGACGGCCAAGGAGCGUGCCCUGAUUUUAGGCUCAGCAUUUCUGCUGGAAUACAUGUACUUCCAAACGCGCUUCUAAAUGACGCGCAAUCCAAUGACAAAAUACUUUUAUCUUUCACAUUGAUUUCUUUAUUUUUGUAUUUUUUUUUUUGUAUAAGUUUUCAAGUUUGUUGGUUUUGUUGUUUUUUUUUCGUUCAGUUUUUUUUUGAUAUAUUUUACAAUAAUGUAAUAGAUCACUUCAUUUUCUUGUUUUUUUAUAACCACAUGCAUACACAUUCAAAUAUACAUAUCCAUAUGUAUAUAGAUAUAUCUAUGCAUGUAUAUUUAUAUAUAUACGUUGCUAUAGCUCUUGCGCUGGUUAGCAGUUUUUUUGUACAAUAAUUUUCAUUUAUCUCUAUCAAUUUUUGUGUAGUUUGUGUUGAGUGUUGACUAACCUACAGCUUAUAGCAUAUAUGACAACAUAAUGAUUAUUUACAAUUAGAUUUAUAUUCAUCUUAUUCUUCAUCCUCCAUUCUCUCUCUCUCUCGGCCCCUUCUUUUACCCUUCGGCACACCAAUAAAAGUAAUUAAUAAACAAACAAUUAAAAGAGUC